AUGGAGCUGCCCAUAAAUAAACUUGGACCAUCACAAGUGACCAGUCACAUUCAUACUGGACACAUGCUCUCUUUGACUUCAGUCACCUGGACUACUACAGGAGUAAUUUCUUCAUACCACGAGACCUUAGUUGAUAUUUUAUCUUCUCUAAUCAUGGCAGGAAACUUCCAAAACCCAUCCAUGCUUGGGACCCCCAAUCCUCUGCAUCUCUCCUUCCCAGUGGUGAACAGCACUGGCAACCUCUGCAAUUUCUCCAGAGUCUCAGCCCCAGCCACUGGCUCUGCGUGGCUCCUGCCCUCUACUUCUGGGGUGCCUUUCUCCCCACUCAUGGGCAGUACCUACCUCUACCAGCACUCCAGCACCACCGUCCUGUCUGGGGUCCCUGGGCAAGGUCAACUUUCCACUCCAGCCACUUCUUCCUACCCAGGCAUCUAUGAGUGGGACAUGUCUGGAAGCAGUGGGGAAAAGCCAUCCCUUGGAGACUUCACUGUGACAGUCAUUGACCAGGACACGCCAACCUCCUCGAUACCAGCACCAGCCCAGUAUGAUAAAGCUGCAGAUGCCAACACCAUGGUGCCUCUCUACCCACAACUGUCAGCCAACCUCAUGCAGCAGGGGGCUUCCCCACAAAUGCCAAGUCAGGGGCCAAACAAUGUGUCUGUCCCUUGCCAGAAUGGAAGUCAGGUUUAUUACUACAAUCAAGGAACCCUGGGGCCCCUCCUGGCGGGUGAGCUCAGCCCUUGUGUGCAGUCCUAUGAUACUGUAUCUUACAAGGGAGGUAGGACCCCUUCUGUGCCAGUGGCAUCUCAGCUAGAGAUGGUGAUGGUGCUCAAAGAGGUCCAGCCCCCUGGGUCAAGACCACCUGUCUCCACUUCAGGACUAUACUACCCUGUUUGUGCCCAGCCAGUCAAAGAUUCGGGCUUUCAAGUGAUGGAGACUUCCCUGGGACUGCAACCUGCUGCCCAAACAUUCUCUUUGCCACAAACCCUGGAACUAUCCAAGUCCUGGGGUGGCAAUGGAAGUAAUGUCCAGAUUCUUGAGGGCACUCUGCCAGCAGAGGUUGCUGCAGACAAUUCAUUGACUACCCCAGUACAGAAUUCAGGCAACCUACUUGCUCUGCCUCCUGCCCCAAACAUUGAGCAUAAAGGUAAGAAGAAUGUGGCAUGCCUUGAGGAGGAGAAAUGGAAAGUGGAGGGAGUGAAGGCCAAGUUCUCCCAGACCCUGGAAGCCUGCCAUGUCCCUUUACAAAUACAGGAUCCACAACUCCUUCCCUUGGAAACCCCUGAUAUUAAUCAGCUUCUGGUCUGCAUUGACCCUCUCUGCCCUGAUGCUCUUAAAGAAGGGACUAGUCCAAGAGAAUGCCAUCUGGUGAAGAAUGGCCCGAGUCUUGGUGACCAAGAAGCACUAGAGAAUGGGAUGGAGCCCAUUCCCAGUCUUACUGACAUCAACAAAUUUGUGGAAGGUUUCCGCCUUCCCCCUCUUCUCUCUCCCUUGAAGGAAGUUGACCAGCCCAAAGGUCUCAGGGCCACCAAACCCAAAGUAGUCAAAACAGCUAAAGUGGUCAGGGUGCAGGGAAAGCCAUGCACAGGGAAGGAGCCCUCAGACCCAACCAAGAAAACUAAACGUAAACUACCUGAGCUGAUCACCACUGUACCACCAGCCAAAGCCUUACCAAGGAACCCAGACUGCCUACUUGCUGGGGAUAUUGCAGCUGUCUCUGGUUCCGUGGCCAUUGAGUUAUCUCCCCUGGAUAUGGCAAAGUCAACCAGCAGCAAGUCCCGAAAAGCCCCCAGCAGUCAGACCAGCAAGGCCAAAGGCCCCAGCCAGGAGAAAAAGGAGAGAGCUGGAGACACCUCUUAUGAGAAAGUGGAAGGGAAUGAGCCAGCUGGGGGCCGAGCUAAGUCAGAGGAGAAGCCAGCCCUUCCCAAGAUGAAGCGCAAGAAGAACCAUCCCGAGCUCAGUCAGGAGGCCUUUAAGAAGCCCCGGAGCUUCCUGGGAAUGCACAUGCUGGAGUCAGUUCAGGUGUUUCAUGCUCUGGGAAAGAAGAAUGACAAGAUGGCUGGCCAAGUCCAAGUCCCCCAGCCAACUCCAGGGAUGAAACAGUGGUUAGAAACACCAGCAGAAGGCCAUGGUCCCAUGAAAACCCAGGUUAGCCUACUUGCAGCUGGAAAAGCCAAGGUGUGGAAGCCAGAGGGCAGUGCUGAGAACCAGUGUCCAUCUCCAUCGCACAACAAGCCACCACCUCCAGGAAAAGUCAAGUUGGUGCCUUUUCCUUUUCCUACCUUAGACAGGCCUUUGACUCGGCCCAUUCCUCGAAAGUCACGGCCUUUGGCUCCCAACUGGCUUUCCACCACCAACCCUGCUCGCUUGGGCAAUCCAGCUCAGCCUGGUCCUUCCAACCCAGCCAGACCUGUGUCAGCUGUGCCUCCUCAGUCAGCUCCUCCUCAGCCCAUGCUUCUGAAAUCAGUGCCCUGCCCUUCUCCCCAGAUGCAACCACGUCUCCCAAGCCACCUGGUCCCGUCCAUAUCCCCAGACUCGGCUACUAUAAGUUCAUCCAAACAGGCUGUGGUGGUCAUGACACAGCCACAACCCCAGGCCCAAUUCCAACCUCAAGAUUUCUGCUUUCAGCCAAUCCCAUGGAGGAAGCCUAAUGUCCCUGAUCCUGUGAUGUCAAAGACCAUCACCAAAGAGCAGAGGCCUGAGAGGGAGGCCAUGAAGAGGCAGGCUCAGAGGGAGCGAGAGAAUGCUGCCAAGUACACCUCCCUGGGCAAGGUGCAGUUUUUCAUUGAGCGGGAAAAGGACUUGGAAAUUGCAAGGCACUAUGGCUACAUGAUCUGA